AUGGCUGAUGUUCAAAUUCAAGAAGAGGAAUUCUUUAAUCCUGAUAUUGAGGUAUUUAUUUCUUUCUUUGAAAUUCUUAAUAUAGAUUGUGAAUAUGACAUUUAUAAUGAGUACACAAGUGAAAAUUACGGAAACAUCGAUUUAACUAGUUUGUCUACAGAAUCAGAUAGACGUUUGCCACGCGGUACAAUUAAAACAAUUGCAAUGCAACAUAACACAUCUAGGUGGACAAUAUCAAGGUUGUGGGAAUCAGCCAAAACAUCAAUGCAAAAUGGCAUUUUAAUUGAUGUUAAUAGUAGAAAAAGGGGAAGAGUUGGUAGGAAACCAAAAGUUUUUGACAUGAAUUUGCUGAAUGCUGUUCCGAUUGAAAAGAAGACCACAAUUAGAGCAAUGGCCUCUGCAUUAGGCAUUGGUCAUUCACAAGUUUAUAGAAUGAUGAAAUCCGGUAUUAUUAGAGCACAUACGAAUUCUAUUAAACCAAAACUUUCUCAUGACCACAAAAUGAGAAGAGUCAACUUCAUUUUAUCCCAAAUAAUACCACCCACUGUAGACAACAUACCAAAAUUCUCACUUAUGUAUAAUGUUGUGCACAUAGAUGAAAAAUGGUUCUACAUGAGUAGGGCAACACAAAGAGGUGAAGUGUUGUGGGAUGGGAAAAUAGGAAUUUUUCCGUUUACAGAAACUCAUUAUGCAGUGAGGAGGUCAGAAAACAGACCAGCGGGUACAGCAACAUUACGAGCAAUAACAAGAGUUACACGCGACAUUCUACGAGACAAACUAAUCACUGAAGUGCUACCAGCAAUAAGAUCAAAAUGGCCAGCAAAUGGGGUGAAAGAUAUAUGGAUUCAACAAGAUAACGCCAAGCCACAUAUUUUAAUAAAUGAUCAUGCAUUCAAUGAAGAAACAAAGAAAGACGAAUUUAACAUAAGACUUGUUUGUCAACCAGCCUCUAGUCCAGAUAUGAACAUCUUGGACUUGGGAUUGUUUAGUGCUUUGCAAUCAAUUCAAUUCAAGUCAUUCCCCAAAGACCUCAAUGAUCUGGUAAAGGCAGUCAAUGAUGCAUAUGACACUUUUGAACCAAAGCUUUUAAACUACACUUGGAUACAGUAUCAACUGUGCAUGAUAGAGGUACUAAAAGCUAAAGGCGGUAAUAACUACAAGAAUCCACACAUUGGAAAACAAAGACUGGACAGGCUGGGUAUGUUGCCCAGGCAAUUAGAAAUUCCGCAACACCUAAUAGAUGCAGCACAACAAUUUUUAUCUCAUGGUAUAAUUAUUCUCAAUGAUCUUCCGCAAGAUUAUUGA